GUGUAACUGUCACGCCACAAUAAGUCACCCCGCGCUUGUCCUUGCCGCAGCGAGUGGCAUGGGGCGGUGUGUUGCUACGACUAGCUAGUUAUGCACAUGGCAGAGAAGGAAGCGCUAGAGGCGGAGCUGGCGCGGGAACUCGCCGCGCUCAACCUUGACGACGACGACGUUCAUUACGAGGACGAGGUCGUCGAGGGGUACUGCCGAUUGGACCUCGACGUCCUUCUCGUGGAUAUCGACGAUAGUUCCGUCAGUCGCUCCGAGGUAUGGCGCUCGUACGCCGCCGCCACAGCGCAAUACGACGCCGAUCUUUUCGCCAUGUUGGAAUCAUCCCUUCAAGAUCUGGCGCAUUGUACAUUGACUUCGCCUGCAACGUCGUCACAUCCAUUGCCGUCGAUCGUGGUCGCAUCACACGAGGCCCACCUGACGUCCCAUCUCGUCGACCAUUCCAUCCAUCCUCUUCACCCUCACGACGGCUAUGAUGCAGUGCUGUCGUGCCCGGACCACUGCACACCUAUGUGCCUCGGACCUUGCACUGCCCAUUGCGGUCCUCGCUGUGCGCAUUUUCAAGCGCUGCAAGCGGCGGACGCGAGCGCCCAGGCCGCCGCCGCCGCAGAAAACGACCGUUUCAUGCGACUGGCGCUGGCUUCCGUCGCGCAGAUCGGCGCCGACGUCCGCCACGUCAUUUCAGUCUCCCUACCGUUGGAAGCAGCGCAUUCUUCUACAUUGUCACGAUCAAACCACGCAAACGCUGUCGCACUGAGUGACAGCGCCUUGCAUCCUAGCGUAGUCGUACCAAACAACGCAACUCCAGACACUGUUUCAAUCCAAAACGUAUACAAACCGCUAUCUCGAUGCUUAUCUGCGAUACCGUGCGCAUCUCCGCCAUCCGGAUUUACGGCGUGCUACUCCACUCCAGCGGAAGUGUCUAGCCCUUCCACGAUCCUCUUGAAGCAAUCCGAACAGCCACGUGGCGACGACGCCGCGAACCUCCGCAUCGCCGCAUUACAUCGGUCGCAAGUCGAUUUUCAAGAGGCAGAGCACGCGAUGGCCGCGUACGAGGCGCAAGUGGAGGCCGCCCGACGACAGCGAGCGAUCCUAGUCGAGGCCGAGACGGCGGCGUUGGCCCAUCGGCGGUUGGAAGACGAGGCGGUGUCCAGGAUAGCUGCACAGCACGACCGACAGGUGGCCCAAGAAGCCAUCGAGAGCAUGUACAUGAUGGCGGAGGAGCGGGAGGGCACGGCCCGGCGGCGGCAAUGGCGGCGGGAGGCACAAGCAAGGCAUGAAGGGGACGAGAGACGACUCAUGGGUCAUGAAGAGGCGCGAGCGGGGGCGAUGCGGCGGGACGAGCAAGAAGCGAUGAAGCGACUGGAAAUGGAAGCUCAAGCGCGCGAACAGCGCCGACGACUUCAACAACAGCACGAGGACGCUCGAAGACGGCAACACGCCGAGCGAUGCGAGAUGGAAACUCAAGAAACCCAUCAGCGAAAGGUCGACGCGGCGCUACAACUCGAGCAAGAGGCCAAGGAAAAGCAGAAACAGCAGCAGAUUGAACAGGAAAAGUGGCAGAUAGAGAGGCGAAAGCUCGCGGCCGCCAAGCAGGCUCUGGAAGAGAUACACCAGUUGGAAAAACAACAGCAGCGCGAAGCCCUCGCCCGCCAGCAACUGGAAGCUGAACAACAGCAACUGAAACGACAGCGCGACGACGCCGUUCGACAGCAACUCGAGCUCGUCGAAAGGCAACGCGAAAGCCGGCAACGUCAUUUUCAAAGGGAAGUGCUGGGCGCGGUGCGAUCGCGGCUGCAAGAGAGCUCAGAGCGGCAACUGCUGUCGCUGGAAGAGCACCGGUCGGCUCUCGUAAUAGUCGACGAGAAAGCACAGCGUCGGACGGACCACCUCACGAAAUGGUGGCGACGGUGGCAACGUCGCGUAAAACUGUACAAAAGACUGCAAAAGCAGAAAACUAUAGCGGCGGUCUUGAUUCAGCACGCGUGGCGGGCCCUGGUGGCGCUGCGGACACUUCGACAAGCCCAGGUCAAGCAACAAUAUGCGAGGGCAGCACUGCGAGUGCAGCGUGGUUGGCGGCAGUGGCGCCAUCGAAAACAGCAAACUUUGAUGAAAAACCAGCAAACUUUGAUGAAAAACCAGCAAAAUCUCUUGAAAAACCAGCGCGCGGCCGCCGCCGCCACCACGGUGCAAGCCGCGUAUCGAGGGUAUUUCAUUCGCAACAAGCUGGCGGCGGCCCUCGCCUCUGUGACAUUUGUCGACGGCGACGAGUUCGAGUACGACGAAGUGGAUUUGGACGCGUUUUUGGGAGGAGCCCCCGAGAUCGAUGAUGACGACGACGAGCGUGACGAUGUCACAGGACCCCUCCCCCCUCUUCCCCGUCCGGGGUGGGCAGACCCCCUCGACGAGGACGAAGACCGAGGGGGAGGCGGUUGUUUGAACACCUCCCCCCACCCUGUGGUGCCCCACAACUUGUUCCCAUCCCAAGUCGACGUGUUGGAGCGCGGCUUCUGCGAGUGUCUGCCUCUGAAACCACCCGCCGCCGCCGUCACGAAGGCGUCGUCGUCGUCGCUGUACAAACGCAUGCAAAACGCCAUAGCCCACGGCCGCAAAGGCAAGAAAUCAAACGCCGCUGCCCCAAAACAGACCAAAGACAACAACAAUACGACGGUAGUCAGCAGCGUCACGUGGUCGUCCAGUGGUAGAAAAGCCAAAAAGGUCAACGUACCGUCGCUUGUGGACCGGCUCCGAAAAACCACCGCCGCCACCCGAUGA